GGUCAGAGCCGCAAAAGGAGUUCAGCGCUGGUCAUGCAAAGAUCUAGCAGGAUGCCGUGGCUGUCCGUUUCCAUAACUGCGCUGGCGCUACUUAGCCUGACAAAUAACGGAUACGCCAAUCUAUACUCCAGUGAUGGAGUCUUCGACGAGAUGGUGGGUCUAAAAGGUUGCGAGCCGCAAUGCCUGGAACAGCAGGCGGAGGAGCAGCAAUCCGAUCGCAGUACGUCAAAGAUGCUGAGUGCCCUUUUCGGCUUCGGUCCCAGCACUCCACAUCCCACAGGGAUUGCGAUGGCGAUGCCCCAUCAGCUGCCGCCGAUGUAUUACAACGAUUUCUAUGAGGAUUUGUUGACCACCAAACGCAACGAUGUCCACUCCACAGGCUGCGAUUGCAAAGUUACGAACGAGCUCAAGGAUUUGGGCAACAUGCACUUUCCCCGCUAUUUGAUGAAUGCUGUUUGCGAAUCGCGUUCUGGACGGAAUAUGGCCAAGUGCACUCACGGUUCUAACUGCAGGCCACUGGAGUACAAGGUAAAGGUACUGCAACAGGUUUUACCUUCAGACCAUCCCAACUCCUGGAUAAGCAACGAGCAAACGUGGCAGUUCACAACCGUCACAGUAAACGCCGGCUGCUUUUGCGCCAAGUGACUAAAAAGUUUUAAGAAAUUGCCGAUGU